AUGUCGUGCUGCGAGGUGACGCUCGUGCCCAAUGGCUACAGCGUCACCGACACGGUCCACGGCGACAUCGAUGCGACGCGCAUGCCUGACAACGACCGCAGCGAGACCAAGACGGCGGUCGAUGAAGUGGGCUGGCUUCGCUCGGGCGACACACUGUCGUCUUGA